UUUAAAAUGAACCGCGAAGGUUUCUCUUGUGUCUUGAAAACAUUUUAUAACUCGUAUCGGAGCAAUAUCAAAUUGUUCUUGCAUUUCAUAAUUGGAUAUCGGAAGAAAAAGUUAAUAACCGUGCUACAAGACAUGCUGUUUAAAGGAAUAAUUGUAUUUUUGGGCAUCAUACAUGCGGUGGUGAGCAGUUUUGGAUUCGGUGUUAAUACAGACACACGUCAAAUCAUAUUCAGAUACAAUCUAGUUCCGCGAAUACCAAGGUUUUACUGGAACCAGAGAGUACCAGAUUACGACGAAUACGAACACAUAGACGACUGGAGCUGCACAUAAAUGAAAUGUUCCCUUUUU